GAGAGGCCCGCGUACCGCAAAAAAAAAAAAAAAAAAAAAGUUUGGUAAGGGAAGCUUAAACAGGGAAGGGAAGUCUUGUUAAACAGAGCCCUGAAAGCCAGGCAUUAGGGAGCCAUUGCAGGUUCUAUCCCUACACAGGCAAGCAGGGGGGUGGUCUUAACAAUGUAGGCACUUUGAAUGUGGGAAGGAUUUUCUGAUUGCUUUUACAGAGUGAGAAAAAUAAAAGGUUGGAAGGGAUUUAGGAGAAGGGAGAGUUGCUGAUAAGGAGAUGGUUAGAGAAAUGCAACCCCAUUUAUUCUCAUGCACACGUAGUUUAACUAUGAUGGAUAGAGUUUGGCAUUCCAGGUAACAUCUGUAGCACUGCAUCAUGAACUUGAUCUUCUGUCCUUAGAGAUAUGCAAACAGCGAGUGGGUACCAUUUUCAGUCAUCGUGUUGCUGGCUGCCAUCCACAUUGUGGUGUCAGAUUGUUGCUGGUCUAAACAACACUUGGAUAAGCAUGUCUGUUCCCCAGCUUCCUUCUGGAUUGUUUCCACUGGAUACCCUUUCCAAAGGGGGAUUUCUGACUCUAAAGGAACACAAGUUUUUUAUGGCUUAAAAUAUUUAAAACAUACUCUUUCACAGUAAUUUUCUUUAGAAUUUUCAGUAGGUUAUACUGUAUAGAGUUUUUCUUGUUUUGUUUUGUUUUUAAGGAGCAAAUGUACAAAAGCGUAUACAAUAAAAAGUCUAUCCUGACCCAGUGCUCUCCUCCAGUUCUCCCUGAGGACAGUUAUUUAUCAGUCUCCUGUAUAUCCUUCCAGGAAUAUUCUAUAUACAGAUACUGUAUAUAUCCAAUUUUUAAAAACAUUGAUACUGUUAUACUCUGUUCAGUAUCUUUCUUUCAGUUUUUAAAUUUGGGAUUAUGAAAUAUACCAAAGAAGCAUAGAAAAUCACACACACACACCCAGCAACCCCACCACACAGGCUUAACAAAUGUUUUAACAUUUUUUGCUGGUAUCUUGUUUAGGGCUGUGCUGGAGGUAACCCUAUGUCAGUGCAGCUGCAUACAGAGGAGUCCAGUUAUUGAUUAUAUGCAUAAUUUAUUUGACCUGUUCCCAGCUUUUUUUUUUUUUCUAUCGAUGUAGAGAUAAUACCCCACUUUGUAUAACGUCUGCCUGGGGAGGCGUCGAGGCAAAGGGGAACGACGCUGGGCUUUGGCUUGGGUUCAAGUAUCUGCUCGGCCACUCUUCCUCGCUUUGUAACCUGGGGUGAAUGACACCCCUCUUGAUUCUCUCUACCCAUCUGUAAAAUGGGCAGGUUGUAGUAAUGCGUCUCAUAAUUGCUAGGAGGAGUACAGUAGAAAACUAAAGACUUCAUUGGGUUUAGUUCCCCAACCCCCUAAGCAGGGAGCUCUCCGAGGCCUCGCCUAGAGCAAUUAGAGCGCGGGACGGCUGCUGCUCCAGCUUCAAACUGUUCCCCGCCCUUUUCCCGGGCCACGCUGGGGGCGGGGUGUUUAAAUGUCUCUGUGACGUCAACGCGAGCCGGGCCAAUCCUUCCCGACAAGCGUUAGCUUAUUUGCAUGGGUUGCCCAUUAUUGGUUCGUUGGGCAAUCCAGCCCCUCCCAACUUUUUAAAGCCACCGCGCAGUAUAAACAAGGAGAUGCGAGGAGGCCAGGCCAUGAUGUCAUCGCGGCGCAGUAGCUUUCGGGGCUGACGUCAUCUCCGGGGAGGUUGCCGGCCCAGGGCUGUUAGAGCCUUCCUAACCACUCGGACUGGCUUAAGAGCCGCUCCUGCCCUGUCGAAGGUCAGGUCCAUUGCACUUGUGUCCCAGGCGCCGUCCCAAGGAGGGGACCAUGACACAGUAAGUCCGGGCUGCGGCUCUCCCGGCGGGACCCACUUAUGUGGCGGGGAAACUGAGCCUCAGAAGCAUGAGUGAUUUGUGAGUUUGCAUAGCAAGUUAGAGUUACAGCCAAUUUGUCUUGCUUACCGCGCGGUCUCCCCUCUUUAGGUCAGACCAUGUGGCCCCGCCCCUUUCCUGUGAUGGCUGCGGGCACUUUAAGUGAGGAGGUGGGGGCGAGAGGAGGUUUUAAAAAAAAAAAAACUGCCUUCCAAGAUGGCGGCCCACUAAUCACGUGCCGAGUCUCGGCGAAUGAUUGGCUCUUGGCGCCCCCGAGGGGCGGAACUCUUAGCAAGGGGCGGGGCCCUCGCGGGGAGCAGUCGGCUACUGUUUGCCGGAACCUCCCGGCGCGCCCCCGCGAGCCCCCCUCCCGCCCGGCGCGCGACCCCGCCGCUUCGAAUGUUGUGAAUCAAAUGUGGGGUUUGUUACAUUCCGCUGCCGCCGCGGACAGUUCUUAAAGGGCCAGUCGCCGGCAGCUGCGCAAACCCGGCCGCGUCCUGCGCCGCCUCCCUCUCCCAGAGGGCCUGGGCCGAGAGACUGACCGCGCGUGGGCCUCGCGAGGCAGACGCCCGGCGGACGGACAACAAAGAAAGAGGGCCCCGGAAGGAGCCGGACUGCCCCCGGACCGGGGGGGUGGGGAAGGGAGCACAUUGUUCCUCAGGGCGGGGGCUCUUAAAGGGUCCAGGCAGCACACUCCCACCCCCCCACCCCCGCCUCUUGCCCAGCUUGGCCGUCCUAGAUCGGGAACAAAGGAGUCAACGUGUGGCCAGGCGGCCGAAGGGUUGUGAGCCCUGGCCCAGCCCCUCCACCCCUCUGCCUCCCCUGAUGCAGCCAUGGGCUCUGGCAGUGACUAGGUGGCCGCCCUCUGCCCCUGUGGGUCAGUGGCGAUUCUCUGCAGGACCCAGCAGCAGCCCAGGCCAGCUCUGGGGAAGCCCUGGCCGUGAGGGCCCCCUGGCCAGCCCACCUACCCAGGAUGAGCGCUUACCCUCCCAGCAGCCGCCAACCCGACCAGCAUACCUCCCCGUAGAGGAGCGCCGAGCCUCGGCUCCUGCCGGCGGGAGCCCCCGAAUGCUGCACCCAGCCUCCCAGCAGAGCCCGUUCAUGGUUGAUCUCCACGAGCAGGUGCACCAGGGACCUGUCCCUCUGUCCUACACAGUCACCACAGUGACGACCCAAGGCUUCCCCUUGCCUACAGGCCAACACAUCCCUGGCUGCAGCACCCAGCAGCUCCCAGCAUGCUCCGUGAUGUUCAGCGGGCAGCACUAUCCCCUCUGCUGCCUCCCGCCCCCGCAGCUGAUCCAGGCAUGUACCAUGCAGCAGCUCCCUGUGCCCUAUCAGGCCUACCCCCACCUUAUCUCCAGUGACCACUAUAUCCUGCACCCUCCACCGCCAGCCCCACACCCCCAGCCCGCUCAUAUGGCGCCUCUUGGGCAGUUUGUGUCGCUGCAGACCCAGCAUCCACGUAUGCCCCUGCAGCGGCUCGACAGUGAUGUGGACCUGCGGGGGGAUCAGCACCCCCUGGGGAGCUUCACCUACUCCACCUCUGCCCCGGGCCCAACUCUGUCCCCAUCCGUGCCCCUGCACUACCUGCCCCACGAUACCCUGCACCAGGAGCUGUCCUUUGGUGUGCCAUAUUCCCACAUGAUGCCCCGGAGACUGAGCACCCAGAGAUACCGCCUACAACAGCCGCUCCCGCCACCACCCCCGCCGCCUCCACCACCACCGUAUUACCCCAGCUUCCUGCCCUACUUCCUCUCGAUGCUGCCAAUGUCACCAACAGCAAUGGGGCCCACCAUCAGCCUGGAUCUUGAUGUGGAUGACGUGGAGAUGGAGAACUAUGAGGCCCUCCUGAACCUGGCAGAGCGGCUGGGAGACGCCAAGCCUCGCGGCCUCACCAAAGCGGACAUCGAGCAGCUUCCAUCGUACCGCUUUCAUCCUGACAGCCACCAGUCAGAGCAGACGCUGUGUGUCGUCUGCUUCAGCGACUUCGAGGCACGGCAGCUGCUCCGGGUCCUCCCCUGCAACCACGAGUUCCACACCAAGUGUGUCGACAAGUGGUUGAAGGCCAACCGGACGUGUCCCAUUUGUCGGGCUGACGCUUCCGAGGUGCCCAGGGAGGCUGAGUGAGGUCCACAGCCACCCAGGAGAACCCUGCCCAAAGCUCUGGAAACUCCGGGGGCCCCGGAAGGCCGAGGAGGGCGUGGCCCAGGCCUGCCCUGCCGUUCCUGCCUGCAUCUCCAGAGCUGGUGCCAGGGUCAGCCCGAGAGAAGCCCCUGCAAUAAGCCCUUGCAUUUGCCAAGCUCCAAAGACUCCCUCCCCGUUUGCCCACCAGUCUAAAAGACGCCCGCCAGGGAGCGGCCUGAGAGUCCCUAACUCAGUCUCUCCUGUUUGCCCUCGGGUCUGUCUCCUUUUCUUGCCGGCCCUGGGAGCCAGGGGUUCAUUACCCUCGUGUGGCUGGUGGAGAUCCUUGGCCCCGGGAUGGGCAAAGCGGGUGCUGUCCUCGGUCGCCUGGUCUCUUGCACUGAAGUGGUGUGCUCUCUGCUCAGGUGGCACUGACAGGCGUGGACAGACAGUGGCAGGAGGCCAGUGGGUUCUCCUGCCUUGACCCCAGACAGACUCAGGCAGCCAGCCCCACCCAGGUUGCUGUGGGGUGGGGCUGGUUCCCUAGAGGACCCUCACCUCGGGUACAACAUUCCUGCCCCAAGCCCAGGCUGGAGGGCAUCAGAGCCAACCUCCCGAGCAGGUGGGAGGCAGGCCCUGACCCGGGACGGCAUGUAAUGUAUCCUGAGGGGGCCUGGACCAGGCCAGGGAGAGUGAUUUCCUGUGUUGCUGGUGGCUGCCCCUGCCUGGCGGUGACAGGGCCCAGACCCAUGCCCCAUCUCCCCUCUCUGUCGUUUUGCAUGAACGUGAGGAGCAGCAGUUUUUGUUUAUUCAUUUGGCCCAAAAUCGCGUGUAGGAUUUGAGGGUGUGGAUUUUUUAAACAAUUUCUUUUCUUUUGGUUUAAUGGGCGGGGGGGUGUAUAGGGACCAACCAGGACCAAGUGCCCAGGGGCAGGGAAUGGUCUGGUGGUGCCGCCUGGUCUGCAUGCAUGUGCGCGGCUGGGGCGGGGCCAGGCGGCUGGCGGUCAUGGGUGGGGUUGGGGGGGUGGGGGGGGGGUCUGUGCUCAGCUGAUAACUGCCAUGCACUGUACUGCACACGUCCCCAGAGCCUACCGGGACCGUACGCUUUUCAGGGCAUUUCUCCCUCUCUAGCCAGGGCCUGUCUCCCACCUGCCUGGGCGUGUCUCCUCCAGGGAAGUCCCAGGGGGACAGGGUCCAAGGAGGGUGUGGACCCCGCCUCCAGGGGCCCCCUCCCAGCCUGAGCCCUGCCCUCCAAGACCUGGAGGAGCCCCCGGAGGGUCUGGCCGAGCUCCCUACCCUCACCCACCCGGGUCCCAUUCCGUUUCUUCCUCACCCCCCGCUGGGGUUGCUGCCCCGAACGAACCGCGUGUGGGGCCGGCACAUCCUAGCAGGCAGCCCCUGGCGCCUGCUGCCUCAGGGAUGCUCCAACCACCCUCGUUCUCCCGCAGCGGCCCUGGCCCACCGCCUCCCCCCAGCCUGCCGUGGGGCCCCAUCAGCCUGGCCCCCACCCCAUGGAGAACCCAGAGUCUUACUGUAUAUAACUCCAGGUGACAUUUCUAUAUUUAUAGCAGUGUUGAAACCCCACCUGUUUUACACAGAGAACUACCCUCUCCGACCCCCUCCCUUCCCCACCCCCCAAAAAAAAGGUUUUCGAAACCCUUAACGGUUCCUGGGGCAGGUGGAAACAGGCUCACGGAUGGUGUGUUGACUGCAGCAGUGAUUCCAACGAGCAGCUAUUGGGGGGGAAACACAACAAUAAAAAAAAAAAAAGUUUAAAAAAAAAGAUUUAUAAAACAAUUAUUUAGGAUGUUUGUGAUUUGCCGACCUUGCUAUAGAUGCCAUGUUACCAAUGAUUUCCUGUGGUGGGGGCUUGUCAUUGUUUACUCUUUUAUUUACCAACUUCUGGCCUAGGCAUGACAGUGGGUGCUGUCCCCCAGCCCUGGCUGGGCCCAGUGCCUGUAUUCUGUGUUAGAAAGGUCUUUUAUAUAUAUAUAUAUAUAAAUAUAUAUAAUUACAUAUAUAUAAAUAAAUAUAUGGAAUUUUGGGGGGCCCUGUUCCUUGCACAUUUUACAGUUACCUCAUUUUUCCCAUGUAUGUAUUUGAGAAAAUGCUAAUAUAUAGAGAAAAAAAUGGUUCUUAAAGCUUAAAUGUGUGGUUUUCUCCAUUCCAUUGGAUUCACAUUGGUUUGUAGCAUUUAACAUAACUAGUAUGUUGUAUUAUAUAUGUGUAUACUGAUUGAAAUUUUUAACAGAUUUGUACUUUUUUUAAAAUGAAACUUGCUAGUUCUGCUUGACCAAGUAGUGCAAUCAUUAUUUUUUUUAAUAUUGUUGCUGAUUUCAGAGGGAUAUUCACUAAUAAUAAAUGUAUGAUGUAUAUCGAGUACUGCCCAA